AUGAGGACUUCCAAAGGCAGUCUCUUCUUACGCCUCGCGAUGUCCUCAUUGUGGCUGUAUUUCCUUCUUUGCUUAGUGUACGGAGAGUCCGCUAGGAUUCUAGGUUUUUUUUCAUAUCCCUCUGUGAGUCAUCAGAGCAUUUUUAGAGCCCUCUGGAGAGAGCUGUCUCUUCGAGGACACGAAGUCACAGUGAUCACGCCGAAUCCGUGGAAUGAUCCGAGCUUGAUAAACCUCACAGAAAUCGACGUCGGCUUCACCUUCGAUAUAGUAGCUGAAAAAAACUUUGCCGGUAAUAUGGGGAAAGGUAAAUCAGCCCUAUCCAGAGUUAUCUACGUUCACGAUAUUGCAAUGGAAUUGACAGAGGCAGAAAUUCUACACGAAAAUGUCCUAAAGCUUUUGACAUAUGACGAAUAUCACUUUGACGUGAUUUUGGUACAGUCGUUGCAUCCGUUGAUGUAUUUUUUCGGAGCUAAGUUCAGAGCACCAGUUGUAGCUGCGUUGAUGAAAAAGCACAAUACAGAAACAAAAAUGACACGUCACAAACUUGGCAUAAUAAGACACGAAAUGGUGCAGAGAAUAUUGAAAAAUCAUCAAUUGAGAUGAAAGUAUUUUUACUGUGAAAUUUUUCCACAA